UGGUACAGAGAGUGGCGAGAGGUCUUGCGGGCAACAGGCUGCUGUGACGCUUUGCAUGCGAGUGUCAGAGGGAAGGCUGCUGGCACUGCUCAUACAGGAGGUGGUGAACGCUUGGAGAUCACCUACACAGAGGGAAGUAUGAUCCAGGCCCAGGGUUCAAGGCAUCGAGACACAUGGGACGGCUCAGGGAAAUGGUGGAACAGAGGAAAGGAAUGCUGAGUGGGCCAAAGAACAGCUCCAGAAAUGCCUGAACGCAUAUUCAGAGCUGCCCACGACACAUAAUCUGAGAGCUGGGAUUCAGAGCAGGACGACAGACUCAGGGAGAACAAAAACAUCAAGAAGAAGAAGAAGAAGAAGACGACGAAGUCAGGACUGAGAGGGACCAGGAGCCUGGUGCUGAGGCUGAGAAGAAGGCUGUCGAGCUGUCAGGGUGUGAGUCAACACCCUCUAGUGGAGCCGCUGACAAGCUGUCCUGCUGAGCUUCUGCCUGUUUUUACCAUCAGCAUUUCAAGCGGUCUAUGGUCCAGCGUUGAGCAGAGACCAUGUGGUGUUUGGAGCUGCUCUUAACACUGCUGUUGAUCGUCAACGACGCCAGCUGCCAGUGGAACGUUUGGGUCCCUCGGGACAUCUCGGCCAUGACAAACUCGUGCGUGGUCAUCCCGUGCACCUUCAUGUAUCCGUCCGGCAUCAGGCCGUACCGGGGCAUUCACGGUAUCUGGUACUUCGGCCAACCCUACCCUCAACUCUUUCCUCCCGUAGUCUUCAAAUCACGCACGGACGUCGUGCACGAGAGCUACAAGGGCCGCACCAAGUUGCUGGGUGACCUGCACCAGAGGAACUGCACUCUGCUCAUCAACAACAUCGGCACAGAGCACUCAGGGAGAUACUACUUUCGUGCUGACCUCGGCGGAGCCAACAUGUACACAUUCCCCGACUUCGCUGAGCUCAAAGUUCUCGAUCAACCUAACAUUGAUGUCCCAGAGGAGAUUGUCAGUGAUGAGAGUCUUGAGUUGACAUGUUACGCUCCUGACAACUGCCCCGACUUGACUCCAGAGAUCCAGUGGAUGUACACCGACUACCUGCCCGACCCGGAGUUCUCUUCUGACUACCUAGAAGAGAGCAACACGGCGGUCCUCUCCAACACCCUCACCUUCACACCCAGACCCAUGCACAAUGGACAGCUCCUGGGCUGCAGGGUCUACUACCCCAACACCACACUGGUCUACGAGAGGCUCAUCUCUCUGGACAUCAAGUAUGCUCCGCGCUCGGUGUGGGUGAACGUGUCGUCAGAGGUGAUGGAGGGCAGCUCUGUGAUGCUGCACUGCGAGGUGGACAGUAACCCUCCCCCGAGGAUCUCCUGGAUGUUUGGAGACCAGGAGCUGCUGUGGGACACGGCGUCCAACAUCUCGCUCUCCCUGGAUGAUGUGACACCUGCACAGGAGGGACUCUACACCUGCAUCGGUGACAACGGUUACGGCAUGAUGAACACCUCACUCUACCUGGCUGUCAAGUACCCUCCACGCGAGCCCCUGGUAAACGACUCUAUGACGGUGCUAGAGGGCACCUCACUGGCCCUGCACUGCAGCACUCAGGGCAGCCCGGCCCCCACCCUCACCUGGCUUAAAGACGGGGAGCUGGUGGGCACCAUCACCGCUGACGAGCUGUCGGUGCUGGAGAUCAUGGACAUCACACCGCAGGGAGACGGACAGUACCGCUGCCUGGCUGAGAAUGAGCACGGCCGAGCCAGCAGCUCCCUCAACAUCACUGUUGAGUAUGCCCCAGUCCUUCUGGAGGAGUCAAAGUGCACGGUGGUGAGGGAGGGUGUCCAGUGUGUCUGCAUGGCCACAGGAAACCCUGAGCCCACCAUCGAGUUCUACCUGCCCGACCUGAACAUCACCAUCAAUGAAACAGACGGCCGGUACAACUUCUACACACACACAGACGGUCACACCUCCACAGGCAUGAUCAAGCUGCGGGAGAAAGGAGAGAGGGUCGAUAACGGCGGCCCCGCCGUCAACGUCCACUGCAGCAUCUACAAUAUGUACGGAAGAGAGAGCAUACUUCUGGAGCUACAGCAGGAGAAAAAGUACAUGAUGGCAGUUAUAGUUGGCACCAUUGGAGGAGUGGCGGUCAUAGCCUUCAUCAUUGCAGCAGUGAGAUACGUUGGCCACAACAACAAGAAAGAGAAUGGCAACCCUAGGCAGGACGUGGUCCUGGAGAACCCAGCUUUGUACUACAGCGCAGUCAAGAAGGACAAACAAAAUCUGAGGAAGAAAGUGCUUAAGACAGAGCUGUUGGGCUCAAAGUUUAACUCCAUUCUAGAGGAGACUACGGGAGAAGACGGGGAUUAUCAACCUGUGGGCUCUAUGGCAGGACUGGAGAGGCAAGAGCUGAAUUACGCUGCUCUGGAGUUUAUUGGGGCCAGGCCCAGGGAGGGGGCCUCAGGGAGGGGGGAUGACGGCAGCAACUACACGGAAAUCAAAGCCAAAUGAAUCGCGAUCCUUCCCUGAUCCCUCGGCUAUGCGAGACGCAGUGGCAGCCCCGUAUCACACACAUCCUCUGCCCCAUAAACUGUAUAAUAACCCCCCAUCACCUACUGGAUUUCACUCUGCAUAUGAUGACUCCUUGUUUCUCAUUUCUUCAGAUUUGUCACAUAUAACAUAUCAUUCGAUGCCAGUACUCCCCCCGCCCCCUCAUGCUGCCCCUCCUCCACGGGAUGCCCCUUCAUUCGCCACCGUUUGGAAAAGCUGGUACUGUUUGGGUCAGAGCACGACCCACUGGACAAUAUAUAAGAAAUUAUUUAAAUUUCUAGCCUCAGUUGUAAUACAUGGGCUCUAAAACAUGCAGUGUUAACAAGCGACCAUGAUUUUGUUGCUUUCUCCAUAUGCUCUCUCAUUGUGAUUGUUGAUGUUAAUGUCAAAUGACAGACAUCUGAGUGCUUGCAUCAUCACACUAUUUGCUCUUGUAACUGUCACUGUGUCUGCUGCCAGUCGAAGCGUCGGGGCAAGGAGUAACCGUGCUUUUUGUUCUCUUAUCUUUGUGCGAGUCUGCUGCCUGAGAGCGACCCCUCUCCUCUCUUUCCUUUGGUUAAUUACAUCCCAAGAGAAGAUAACCGGCUGAGGAGGGAGAUGGAAACGCAUCUCAGAAUCUUGUUUCCAAAUAAUUGCAUUUAAUGUGUGCUGUGACGCAGUAGCCUCUCAUAAUAAAUGGAAAAAAAAAAAAUGUCACCAUCACUUUUGAAAAUAAUUGAAGAGGUUUUGUAAAUUUAAGUGAUACACUGUAUGAUUCUGAAAAAUGUCACAGUUUCUUUCCAGUAUCCAACUGUAGAAUGUGUUGAGUUUUUUUCUUUUUUCUUUAUUUUUUUUCCUGCACUGUGGCCAACGCAAAAUGUCUGUCUCAUGUUCUUCUUCCCCUAAGGCAUGGGGCCUAGCUCUGUGAUUGAUCUGGAAAAAACAGACCCAAAGCACAUCAUUCUUGCGCCUGAGCGGCCAAAGUGUUAUCUCUUUUAGACAAUGUGUGUGUGUAUACGUGUGUGUGUGUGUGUAUACGUGUGUGUGUGUGUGUUCAUAUUGUGCUGAAAGAUCACAGGACAUUGAUCUCUGGGGUCUUUGGAGAAGUUCGAGCAUCACUUCACUUGAGAAGCUGAUGCUUUUUUUCUUUUUUCUCGCAGGGUUGUAUCAGAUGUUUGAAUGACAAAAAGUGACGCUGACUUGCCAGCUGGUUGUGCUAUUCAAAGAUUUUUGAUCAACCCAUGAUGUAAUAUCAAAGCUCACUAAUAGUCUAACUUGAUAAUGAUGGUGUCAAUAAUAUAUUAAUAAGAUGUAUAUUGAUAGGGGAAGGGAUGUCAGUACACACAGUAAAUACCCCGCAUGAGUCUUUGGCCAGCAGGCACACGUUUGAGUAUUGAACUAUGAAGAAAAGCCAGUGUGCAGCACGUCAUUCAACCACUCUGACUGAAUGCUGUCUUGAUAUAAGCUUAGAAAACAGCACCCAGCCUCUAACUAGUGUUCACUACAGUCAAAGUCAAAUCAGAGGCAGUGUUUAUAAGCAGGGACUUACCUUAUUAUUCACUGUGAUUGCAGUCGAUUUGAAGUGUAAUAUCUGCUGUGUUCACUAUGAACCAUUAAAGGGGAACCACAGCAAUUUAUUACUGCACAUCUACUAAAUUGGGUGACAGACUUUUAAAAUAAUGGUCAAGAUUGAAGCAAGUCCCCAGUAUGGGGUUAAGCUCCAAUAUCGCUGGAUCCUACAUUACUCGUAAUGCAGCUAAUAGCAUCUUUUCAUUAAACACCUCCCUGCAAGGUAAACGCCCACGUUUUUCAAACUCCAUGCGCCUAGUUUUGAACUCUGCUGUCUGUUAUAAAUUUGUAGUCUCCAAGCUCAGGUAUAGAUAACGCAGGAUUUCUUUUCCUAGACGUUAUAAAGUUAUCCCAGAGCCACAGAGGACAUUACACGACUGUUUUCACAGUUUACUCCACUCCUCUUCUUCCACUUUGGAUCACAUCUUUCAGGGCAUUUGUCUCUUUUUUUUUCUCAAAAGUGCUUAAAAAUAGCUGAUAGACACACUGCAGCCUUAACUGACUCACAUGAUCUCUCAUUUUAAAUAAGACAACUGGUAGUGAUUUAUUGUAAUUUUUAAUGGAUCUGUUUUCACUUCUAUUCAGUUACAUAUGUUGUGGAAAAGCUGAUGUCUACUGUUUGUUGUAUGAUGGAUUAUUUUAACAUUGUAAGUCAUGAUAAAUAAUUUUUUUGUCUAAAUGAAUCGUGAAAAAACAACGACCCAGUCAGUUUUGAUUUCUAAAAUACUAGUAAGUAACAGCUGUAGUUUGACUUUCCAACAUCAUUUACUUCAUUGUGUUGGAAAUCAAAUAUGCAACUUGUCCACUGAUUCUCCCCUUUGCAACACACAUUGUUACACUGCAUGUACUGAUGUCGAUAGAAGGCUCAAGUGGGAAGUAAAAUCUAGUGGGAGGUGUGCAAUCAUCUCCUCAUGAAGCCUGAAAUUACUUUUGAUACACAUGCUACGACGAAGGCUUUAUAAAUUUAUUAUGAAACAACAUCGUACUGCGGCUGCCUCAUUUAAAAUUAUAGAUUGAGUUCAUCAAGGCAGUGGCAUGUCUCUGUGAGCUGUUUCUAAUUGGUUUAACAAGCAGUAUGAUUUUAAGACACAGCAAAGGCGUCAGAUUGUUGUAGCUCCGUAUGGGCAGAGACUGUUCAUAGGCAGCAAUGGCAAAAUGAAAACAACAAAAUUACACCAUGAGGUCUCCUUAAGUUUACGCUGUUCAUAUAAAUAAACCAUGUUGAUGAAGCCUCAUGUUGCCUCUGACACAGGGCAAAAAAAAAAAGAAGAAGAUAAGGAUAGUAGUAUACAGGACAGUUUUUCUGACAUGACACUACCCAUAAUCCUUUGUGGUGUGGGGUAUGUAAAGUGUGUAAACUGGAAGUGGAAGAUCUGCCAUCUCUCUUACCAGAUGCUCAUCAGUUUUACUCUAUGUGAUAACUGUAAUGAUUUUAACCUGCAGCUCAGAGAAGGCACCACUCACUGUUUCAGUCACAUUAGAGUUAAUGUUGGUAACUGGUGACUUGGCUGCAUGUUUCCAUCUCAUGUCUUUAUUAACAUAAUGUCUUCAGAAAGAAUCAAGUCAUCUUUGAAAUAUAUCAAACAUGGAGAGUGCAGACAGUCGACACUGUGAUAAAUUAGACUGAAAAUGUCAGAAUUUAAUACUAAAGAUAAAAAAAAAAGAAAAAACCUGAGCCGGUCAACAAAAUGUUUUGGUUCUUAAUACAAAAAGCUUGGUACCAGUUUCUUUGAGCGUUGAACACUUGAAGUCAAAACAGGUUAAAAAUGCAGUUCUCUGUGCAUGUAAACAAAGCCAGUGUCAACCAGCUGUUUUGGAUCAUAUUAAGCUUUUAUUAAGACAUUGUUCAGUUGACUUGAUGUUGGAGGGUUUCAGAUACAGUGCGCUGGCUUGCAUUCUUAAAUUGCCUGUAUGCACAAAGUCAGUAAUUAGUUCCUGUCUUCAAAAUGCCUCAUGGGGGGGAUUUAUUUUUUAUUUAUUCUUUUUUUUUAAAAAGUAAAAAUAUGAAAUAAGUCUUACCUAACCUUUUGGCAGUGUGUUGUAAAGCAAAUCUGUAUGUACUAUUCUUUGUGGUGAUCAUAAUUAUUAUUAUGGAGCGUUUUUUUCUACAUAUAUGAUUGACACAAUAAUUCAGAUCAGGGUUUAGCAAUUUCUCUGCAAAUUAGCGCUGUUAAUGACAGUAGGAUUUUCUGCAAUGAUGUACUGUGCUUGCUCUUUUGUUUUAAACAACUCCUUCACACCUCAAGCAAAAUCAUCUGUCUUCAGUUCCAUGCAAACAUAAAUAAAGUAAAAACAACACAAAAUGGA